CAAAUCACUUCAGUCAUGUCUCAAUCACGAGUGUCGGUUAACCCUCCGACGAACCUCAACGCUUCGUCGAUGGGGAAGGAAAAGAAGCUGAAGAUUACAUAUCCUGUGGCCCAUAAGGAUGAGUCUUUGAAUGAAACCAUUCAUGGUAUCGGCGUAAGGGAUGUCUAUCGCUGGCUGGAGGAUCCUGAGGCACAAGAGACUCAUCGUUUCAUCGAUGCACAGAAUGCCAUCAGUCAGCCCUUUUUGGAGAAUUGCGACGAGUGGCAAAAGAUCAAUACGAAGCUGACGAAGCUCUGGAACUAUCCGAAAUAUGGCACACCCAUGCGCAAUGGCAGCUUUUAUUAUUACUACAAGAACACAGGGCUGCAGAAUCAACAUGUCAUGAUGCAGCAGGACACUCUGAAGGAGGAGGGUCGAGUGUUUAUUGAUCCCAAUGAACUGUCCCCCGAUGGCACCACCGCCAUAACGCAGGCCUCGUUCUCCGAUGAUGGAGCCUACAUGGCAUAUGGCCUUAGCGAAAGUGGCUCUGAUUGGGAGAAGAUACGCAUCCGCAAGGCCCAGGACUGCAAGGACUUUGCCGAGGUGCUCGACAAGGUCAAGUUUACAUCCAUUGCUUGGACUAAGGACAACAAGGGUUUCUUCUACGGUCGCUAUCCAUGGCAGGAUGGCAAGACCGAUGGUUCCGAGACUAAGCAGAAUGAGCAUCAAAAGUUGUACUAUCAUCGCCUGGGAGAGUCGCAGGAAACGGAUACAAUGGUGGUGGAGUUCCCCGAGCAACCGUCGUGGCGCACCAUCAGCGAGGUCUCCGACUGUGGCAAGUAUCUGAUUCUAUACAUCAGCUAUACAGUGCGCGAUAAUAUGAUAUACUACGCGAACAUCAAUGCGGGUGAGGAAAUCUGCGGCCCGAUGAAUGCCCAUCCGAUUGUCGAUAAAUUCGAGGCCGAUUAUGAAUUUAUCACCAACGAGGGAUCCCGGCUAUACUUUCGCACCAAUAAGAGUGCCCCCAAUUACCGUCUGGUCAUAAUUGAUGUGGAACAUCCUCAGGAAGAGCUUUGGAAAACGGUGAUUCCCGAGCACGAGAAGGAUGUCAUGGAGUGGGCUUUGUGUGCCCAUGAGAAUAGGCUUGUGGUUUGCUACAUACGCGAUGUUAAGAGUGUCCUGCACUCGUACGAAUUGGCAACGGGCAAAAUGUUGCAAGAAUUUGAUCUGGAUAUUGGCACUAUUUCAGGGGUUUCUGGUGAAAAGAAAUACUCGGAGAUUUUCUAUAGUUUUUCGUCCUUUCUCACCCCUGGCAUCAUCUAUCAAUAUGACUUUGCCAAGCCCGAGGAGAAGCCGAAAGUUCAUCGUGAAAUUAAACUGGAUUUGGAGGGAUUCUCGCGGGACUCGUAUGCCGUAGAGCAGGUGUUCUACAAAAGCAAGGACGACACGGACAUACCCAUGUUUAUCAUUCGCAAAAAACGCUACACCUUAGAGCCGCGUCCUUGUCUGCUCUAUGGAUAUGGGGGCUUCAAUCACAGCUUGAUGCCUUCCUUUGGCAUCACAGCCGUCACGUUUAUAGAUGCCUUCGAUGGGGUUGUGGCAUAUCCGAAUCUACGCGGCGGCGGAGAAUAUGGAAUCAAGUGGCACAAUGCCGGAAGACUACUGAAGAAACAAAAUGUCUUCGAUGAUUUUCAAGCCGCAGCCGAGUACUUGACCUGCAACAAGUACACCUCCAAGGAUCGUUUGGCCAUCCAGGGUGCUUCGAACGGGGGUCUACUCGUUGGGGCAUGCAUCAAUCAGCGUCCGGAUUUGUUUGCCGCUGCUGUUGCCCAAGUGGGCGUCAUGGAUAUGCUCCGUUUCCACAUAUUCACCAUCGGACAUGCCUGGUGCUCCGACUAUGGCAAUCCCGAUGAAAAGGAGCACUUUGAGAAUCUCCAUGGCUACUCGCCGUUGCACAAUGUGCACACCCCAAAGGAAACAUCGAAGGAGUAUCCGUCCACUUUGAUUCUAACUGCCGAUCACGAUGAUCGUGUCAGUCCUUUACAUUCGCUGAAGUUUGCCGCCGCCCUCCAGGAAGCUGUACGUCAAUCGGAGUUCCAGAAUAAUCCGAUACUUCUGCGGGUCUACACCAAGGCUGGGCAUGGCGCUGGCAAACCCACAACAAUGCGCAUCAAAGAGGCCACCGAUAUACUGUCCUUUUACUUGAAGAGUUUGACAAUGGAUACAGUCAAUCUUUGAGCAGAAUAUACACAGACACUUUUAGCAGGAAA